AUGUCCGCAAUAAGAAUUGCCCCGACGAGGGCAGUGCGUGCCAUGAAUCUCCUCCGAACGGUCCAAUACACGCAUCCACCGUCUUGCCCAUGCCACGGAAACCCAUCUCAUCAUCACCACCAGCCCUCUUCCGGCCUCCUUGCGCACGCCAAGGCAAAUCUGCAGCGUAAUUAUGCCACGCCCAUGGAUUCCUCGAGACAGAAGGAAUAUGCCUUCGAGAUGGCAGCAUCCUCCAUUCGGUUUGGGCCCGGUGUUACAAAGGAGGUUGGCAUGGACUUCAAGAAUCUCGGUGCCAAGCGUGUCUGCGUCGUAACAGACAAUGUGGUGAAAGACCUAAAUGCAAUGAAGCAAGUGAUUGAGGGGUUGACAAGAGAGGGUGUCGAAUUCACAGUGUUUGAUGGAUGUAGGAUUGAGCCCAAGGACAGCUCGAUCAAGGAGGCAAUCACCUUCUCGAAGAACUAUCAGCCCGAUGCCUUCCUCGCUGUCGGUGGUGGAUCAGUCAUAGAUACGGCAAAAUGCAUGAAUCUCUAUACGUGCUAUCCUGAUGCCGACUUUCUGGAUUUCGUUAAUGCUCCUGUGGGGAAAGGUCGCCCAGUUGACAAGCCUCUCAAGCCUCUAAUCGCCGUUCCCACCACAGCCGGUACUGGAUCCGAAACAACAGGAACGGCAAUAUUUGACCUUGUAGCUCAACGUGCUAAGACGGGUAUCGCACAUCGAAAUUUGAAGCCCACUUUGGGCAUUUGCGAUCCCCUUAACACCCGAACCAUGCCCUCCGCUGUACACGCAAGUUCAGGUCUAGAUGUUUUGUGCCACAGUCUCGAGAGUUGGACAGCAAUCCCAUAUUAUGAGAGGACACCCCGGCCUACGAACCCGAUCAACAGACCUGCGUACCAAGGCGCCAAUCCCAUCAGUGACAUCUUCUCAUUGCAGGCUUUGAGGAGCACGGUAAAGUAUCUGCCCAGAGCUGUGAAAGAUCCCGAGGACCAUGAGGCUCAAAGCCAGAUGUUGCUAGCAGCCACGUUAGCAGGUGUUGGAUUUGGAAAUGCUGGGGUUCACUUGUGUCAUGGAAUGUCAUAUCCAAUCUCCGGUCAAAACCCUGGGUAUAAACACGCAGGCUACCAAGUUUCGAGUCCUAUUAUUCCUCAUGGAGUAUCUGUAGCCGUGUCCGCUCCCGCUGUAUUCCGUUUCACAGGCCCCUCAAACCCAGAGCGUCAUCUAGCAGCCGCAGAGGCCUUUGGUGUCGACAUCUCCAACAUAAAGAAGGAAAGCGCAGGAGAAGUCCUGGCAGAAGCCCUAACGAAAUUCUUAGCAGAUCUAGGAGACCAGCCCGCUGGCUUGAAAGAUCUUGGAUUCACGAAUGAACAUAUAGAUGGUUUGGUGGAUGGGACGAUUCCCCAGGCACGUGUGUUGAAGUUGGCCCCUGGGUUGGCAGAGGAACUUGGCGAGGAGAGACAACAGUUGAGAGCAUUAUUUGAAGAUGCUAUGACGCAUUAG